CGCAUCUCUUCUCUUUCACAGAGACUUGUCGAACCGGCCAGUCACCUUCCUUAUGUAGCAAGACGUCGGAAUAUGCGAGAAAGCGCCUUAGCCGUGCUGCUGGCAUGGACAUUGGCGGCUCAGCAGGGGCUGUGCGGCAAGAUGGAGAAGAUCGCCCAACAGCCGAGCAACAUUCUCGUGGAUUAUUACGCCUAUCGUCAUAUCUCGAUCAUCCACUUCAAUGUGCUCGAGCGCACCGUCGCGGUCGCCUUCAAAUUCACGGCGAAAGAAGAGAAGACUGGCGGAAUAGGUAAAUGCUCGCCGCUCAACGUCUCGUUACAUCUGAAGUCCGCUAGUUUGCCGUUCGUCUCGCCCGACGGUUCGAAGGUGGCCGCGAAGCUGAUGGAGACGAAGAAUCGUCGGCGACAUUACAGCCUGGAUAUGCAAAGUAACGGCGAGCAAUACACGAUCAAGAUAGAGGCUCCGCCAGCGGGUGACUGGUACGCGAUCGCCUUCCGAUCGUGGACCGAUCCUGAGGAAGGAAAGAUCAAGCAGCAAGGUAUCAGCGUGUCCUGCGAGACUGUGAUGGACGCCGAAAUGUUCGUGGAGAUGCCAGCUACGACAUCGUUGGUGGAUCCUGAGAUCGAGUACAAGGUGCAGUUGGACGAGACUUCCGAUACAACGAUAGUGCAGUAUCUUGUGCCGGACGUCGGUCUCGAGGAACUGAGUCUGUCCCUGAAGUCGUCCUGCGCCGAGGAUUGCAACAUUGCUGUCUACGUCACAGCGGAGGACAAUCUCGUCGACAGCUUGCUCAACUCCACGGCGAUGUCGCUCUCCUUCAGGCCCUACGUAGGCGUUUUCCACUACGUGACCCUUCGCCUGUUAUCGGGAAAUGUGUCGAACGUGACGGUGCAGCUGCCAAUAAGCCGCCAGACAGACGUCGGGGUCGAUCAGGUGAUGCCGGUGGUGUUGUCGAGAAAAUCCUUCCCCGAGUUCUUCCUCUUCGAUUACGAACAUCUGCGCGGCAACGACACGAAGCCCCAGCCCUUCAACAUUACCGCCGAUGCUCUCUCCGUCCUUAGCUUCGAGAUUGGCCGGGUGUACGAUGUCGGCGGUACGGUCACUCUAGGCUUCAAGCUGGUCGACGUGGAGGAGAAGUACAAGAAGAACAUCGUCCUCGUAGCCUGUGUUUCCUUAGGGUACUACUCGAACAUUACUUCGGGCGGUGGUUGCGCCCGCGCGCAAGGUCUCACGACGGCGGAUGUGUACGUGAAUGCGUCCGAACCGGCUUACGUGCACGUGCCUUUCCCCGAAGCAGGAACCUGGUAUGUCAGCCUGAGCGUUUUCUGCCCCGAGGAGGAGAAAAAGACGAUGAGCGGCGCCAAUAGCAACAUCAGCACCAGCAGUAGCUCUUGCGCCUGCGGCCGCACUUGUCUACAGGGCGAUGUCGCGUGCGAAAGAUGCGACUGCCUGUCACGUUGCCUCACCGCCCGGGUGGAAAGCAUUGUGUCGUCGUCGCCGUGUGUCGAGGGUCGCUGUGGCGGCCGUGGCAAGUGUAUGCAUUACAUGAGCGGCGGCUUCGUUUUCUCGGCGUGCUACUGCACCGGCGGUUACCGCGGCUUUGACUGUGCGGACAACGCGUACGUUCUCAGCAGCAGCGGUAUACUCCUACAGCUGCUCGCCCUAACCUUCAGUAACUUCGCCUUUCUUGGCUCGAUCUACGUGGCGAUACGACGCGAAUACUUCACCGAAGCGGUCGCCUACGUCGCAGUCAUGUUCUUUUCCACGUUCUAUCACGCCUGCGAGGCCGGCGAGGAGGUCUACAGCGUGUGUAUUAUGCGGCUGAGCGUGCUGCAGUUCUGCGACUUUUUCAAUGCGCUGCUUGCUAUCUGGGUGACUUUGGUGGCGAUGGCGUCGUUCGGGCCGCGACUGACCGCUUUCUGCCAGGUCACCGGCGCGAUUGUGCUCGCGAUGGGCGCCGAGAUGGACCGCACGGCGCUCUGGGUGUUCCUGCUGCCGGCUGUCACCGGUUCUGCUCUGAUCGGGCUGUCCUGGGGACUGAGAUGCAGGAGAAAGCGCACCAUCCGAUACCCCUCGCGUCCAUAUAGGACUAUCUAUUUCCCGGCCGGAGUUCUUCUUGUCUCUCUGGGCCUCGUUUGUUACGCGUUCCUGCAAACACGCAAGAAUUAUUAUAUCGUUCACAGUCUGUGGCACAUCUGCGUCGCCAUUGGAGUUAUUCUUCUGCUGCCGAAACGCAAGUACAUGAAGUGAUGGUCAAAAAGUGGUGUACGCGUUCGGGAGAGAUUUGAGAAGAUUGGAAAUAGUAUCGGAAGCUAAGAUAUGUGAUAGUAGGCAACCAAAGAGACAUCAGGGAAAUUAUUACAAUACAAAUAGAUAUCGUCGACGAAUCGAUUUUUGUACGAAAGGAAUUACAAGCGCCGGUCUUACCAUCUGCGAAGACCUCUUUGAAAGUUAUCAUAUAUCUCGAAGAUUAUAUCUUAAGAAAGAAUUAUUUAUUUCACUGAUUAAGAAAUGGGCUUUGAGAGUCUCUCUUUCUCCAGAGAGUUUUUAGUUAUUUAAUUAUUUAUUUAUAAUUUUACAUCAAGAUUUAUCUACAGAUAUUGAACAUUUUAUUUUAGUAGAGUUACUUUAAUAGAUCAAAACAUUAAUUACCCUUCUUUUACUUAUAAAGAAGUUAAUCUCUCGGCUUUAUCAUGAUUCGCUUCGUAGAAAAGUCAUUCGGUCGAUCAAAUUCGACACUCGCGCAUAUAUUAUAAAUGAAUAUACGUAUAUCAGAGAUAUUAUUCUUUUAAAACACAUCGGCAGUACAUAGAUACGAGACGUGUUUCGAUUACGGAAUUAACUCGGUGAGAUCUAUCAAUAAUAUACAACAUUUAGCAAUAAGAUGUGACACAUAAAACAAAUUCAACGACAGUAUUAAAUCAUGGUAAGUCAUCCGUGAAAGAAAUUUUGCUCAUUUUAAUAAGCAUUAAGGAAACUGAAGAAAGUGUGAUCGACAUUAAGGUAUUUCCGUUUUUCAUUUAGCUGUUGAUAGAAUUGAAUCCCUAUUAAAUGUAAAUAAUGAAGCUUGCGAGUCGUUAAACGCGGCGACAGUAUCGAGAGAAAAUAAUUAUCACGAUUAUUGCUGAAAUUGACGUUGAAUUUUAUAAAGUUAUGCUGUGAAGUAUCUACGAAAUGCACUUUGACAUUCCGAGAAAUCUAUUGAUCGUACGAAUAUGGAAUGUAUCGCUAUACUUUGUUGACUCAGCCGCGACCUGUUUGUAAGGACCAAUUCCAAGAUAUGUAAAAUGUUGGAAAUGUGAUAAAAGAAUCAAGGAUAUCUUCGUGCGAAUGGUGCUUUUUAUUCACACAAGAAUGCUUAGUCUUUUAUUAACGAUAGCACCAUUGUUGUAGCACUAUCGUAAUACUAUUCAUUUAUAAUUAUUAUAUUGACAUCGUGUUUCGACGCCAUUUUAACGACAGAUGCAUUUUACAGAAGCAUAUCAUAUUCGACAAGUACAUACAUUCCUUAUCGCUUGUUUCUUAGAAGGCUUCAAAUUGUAAUUUAUUUCCCUAUUGAACGUGAAAAUAAUUUUAUCUUCUAGCGAAGGCAAUGCGGGCUUAGAUACGUAACUUUAAGAAGCAAGUCCUUUUCCUUUCCUAGGAAUCGAUACCUCGCACACAAACGUCCUGCUCCGAGAAUAAUACGCGAAAGUGAAUGAAAAAGUAAAAAUACAUGUCUCUUAUAUUUUAUAAACUAGCAACUAAUGUAUCUCUAGUGCAUAUAGAAAUUAUAUUCUUCUACGUGAAGCACGUCUUCUGAUACAGGACAUGUUUUGAAAGGCAGAUUUAGGACCCGUUAUCUCAACUUUCGCACUAAUUUUUCCAGUCCUUUCUAGAUAUCACGAGCAAUCCGAAUGUCUUUUCCUUCGACUGUGCGAUUUGACUUUCCAGCCAAUAAUAACAUCUAGAUAGGAAGGCAAUACUCGAAACGGAGUCAUUUUUUUCAAGUUGCCUUGCACCGUGACAAGAGCGGAAAAGCGAAACAAGAGUGGGAAACCGUCGUGUCUUUACUUUCCGAUUCAUCCUCGCGCCUGUGUAUGCGUGUUGUAUUGUCCAAGGGAGAGUAACGCAUAUACAUAUGUAUAAGUAAAUACGACAUCGUCAUGGGCAGUGCCUGUACUGAUUGUUGACACGUGUUAAGCGCGAUGCGCCGCGACCGUAUCGCGAUUCUAGUCGAUUCUAUUUUCUUCAAGGUGAAAGCCGUAUAGACUAUAUAAAAUAAAAUAACAUUUUCUACGUAUAACUGAAGAGCGAAAGAGGAGUGUAUCACGCUGAGCGCACGGAGGUUCUGCUGAGGGGGGAGGGAAAUUUCAUUUUUGUUAAUUUACAAACGUACACACAGACACCCAACACACGCAGAUGUAAAUCUCUACGAAAUAAAGAUGAAACUAUCGUUA